CUUGGUUUUAAUAUCCUCUCACUUUCCAUUUCCAUCGACUUAUAAGCAGCUCGGCGGUGGUGAUUGUUGAAAGGUAAGUUAGAAAAAUGGCUGCAAAGGAGGGAAUUAGGAGUGGAAGGGAAGGUGAAGAAGAAGAGCAUGUGUAUAGGAUAAGCACAGACAAAGAGUGGGAAGAGUUGCAGAGAAAUGGAUCUUGUUUUGGUGGACAACUUGACAAAUCUUCUGGCUUCAUCCAUCUCAGCAAGCUCGACCAGGUGAUGUCAACAUUGCAGAACUUUUUCCUGAAUACUAAGGUGGAUUUGUAUCUGCUUCAAAUCGAUGCUAAAAAGCUCGGGGAUGGAUUGAUAUAUGAAGUCGUGGAUGGUACCAACAACUUUCCUCAUUUCUAUGGCCCUUCUCGGAGUUUCAGUCCCCUCCCUCUAGACGUAGUUAUCAAAGCAGAGAAGCUUGUUCUAGCAGAUGGCCAGUUCAGUUGUAGUUUGCUGAACUAAGCUGCUCUACUUCGAGAUUUAACAUUUUUCUGUGCUGAAACAAAAAAAGAAAGAUACUUGUGACCUAAAUGGACCUAUUGAAAGAGGCUCACUAUGAUAA